AAGGAAAAAUCUCAGUAAAAGCAUUAAUUAAUACAUCGUCAAAGUUUAAUACCAUUAGUGAGAGCUUGUUCGAUAAGCUUAAAGAAGAUUAUGGAAUAGGUGAUCCUGUUGAGAAUCUCUAUAGAGAUGUAAUAGGGAGAGAUUGGUUAUGGAUGCGUGAAGCAAAAAUAAGCUUUGGAUAUUCUCCCAAAACCUGUAUCCGCCAUGCUAAAAUUAUAAUUGAUGGUAUGAGUAUCCCAUUAAUUGAAGAAAAUAGUAAUAAAGCCAGCUCUAGUAAAAAUAACUUAUCUCAUUCUGAAACAGAAAUCGAUAAACCUAGAAAAGUUUAUAUAGAGACUAAUUUAUCUAGUUCUGAUUCAGAAUUUAUGGGUUCAGAUUGUUAUGAUCUUGAUCUAAAAAAACCCUGA